AUGUCUCGUAAAGAGUUAUCUCAGACACCGUUUUUAGUCAUUCUCUAUAAGUAUCUCUUGAAAUGGAGGCAACACUUCAACCGAAAGCCCAAAGAUUUGCCCAAAACUUACAAAGAGAAGAAUGAACUGAAAAAAUUGAUUCGCGAAGACAUCGAUGUAUUAAAAGACAAUCUCAAGAGUAAAUCAGAAGACGAAGACUUUAAAGACUUGGAUCUCGAGAACUUUGAAGAGGCAAUCAAAGCCAUAAACACUGUAUUAAUGGCUUCCGAUUAUAUUCCGCCCGAAAUUCAGUCUCUGCUAAACGAUCCGAUCAUUGCUUCCAACGACUGUAACGGCUCUUCAUUCUGGCUGUCAGUGAAAGCUAUGAAACAAUUUGUGGAUCAAAACCAUUACUUAAGACUUGACGAACCUUUCCAUCAAUUGAAACAAUACUUGGAUUCGUAUGAAAAGUUUGAAGACAUGUCUCGUAAAGAGUUAUCUCAGACACCGUUUUUAGUCAUUCUUUAUAAGUAUCUCUUGAAAUGGAGGCAACACUUCAACCGAAAGCCCAAAGAUUUACCCAAAACUUUCAAAGAGAAGAAUGAACUGAAAAAAUUGAUCCGCGAAGACAUCGAUGUAUUAAAAGACAAUCUUAAGAGUAAAUCAGAAGACGAAGACUUUAAAGACUUGGAUCUCGAGAACUUUGAAGAAGCAAUCAAAGCGAUAAACACUGUAUUAAUGGCUUCCGAUUAUAUUCCACCCGAAAUUCAGUCUCUGCUAAACGAUCCGAUCAUCGCUUCCAACGACUGUAACGGCUCUUCAUUCUGGCUGUCAGUGAAAGCUAUGAAACAAUUUGUGGAUCAAAACCAUUGUUUGCCAUUAAGAGGAACCAUACCUGACAUGAGCUCUAAUUCGACUAAAUAUAUAGAAUUGCAACGAAUUUAUCGCUCAAAAGCCAAAGAAGACGCCGAAUGUGUGUAUAAUAUAUUACAGACUCUCCCGAAGGCUCACAAUCUGAAUGUCACCGAAAACGACAUGAAUUUGUUUUGUAAAAGCGCUCACUAUUUGCGUGUUGUCCGCACCUCAGAGAUCGACACCGAACUCAGUGGCCAUCGAUUGCGACAAAUUGUUAAUACGAUGGGAAUCGCCGACGAAGACACCGAAGACGAUGAGCUUAGAUAUUAUCUUCUGAUGAGAUUAGUGGACAAAUUCUAUUCGUUUCAUAACCGAUAUCCCGGUCAGUCUCACGAUGAGGUCGAAAGUGAUGUCUCACUUCUGAAGUCAUAUCUCAAAGAGAUUUCUAAUGAAUUUGGAUCUAAUUCUAUAAUAAAGGAUGACUUAAUCCAUGAAAUUUGUCGUUACGGAGGAUCUCAAUUGCAUUCAAUCUCUGCAUUCAUUGCCGGUUGUGCCGCACAGGAAGCCAUCAAAAUCCUCACUUCACAAUAUAUUCCUAUCGAUAAUACAUUUGUCUAUAACGGCAUGACUUGUGUGACCAAAACUUAUAAACUCUAACCCAACUGUUGUAUCAAU